AUGCGCGUGGUCCUGGUGCGGCACGCGCAGAGCGAGAACAACGCGUUGCGCGCGCCCGGGAUCGAUCAUCCCGACCGCGUCGCCGAUCCGGGGUUAACGCCGAAGGGGUCGAGGCAGGUGGAAUGGCUCCGAGCGCGAUUCGCGCGUGAACGCGAGGCCCACGCGCGGGUGCGCGUCGUGACGUCACCGAUGCGUCGAGCGAUGCUCACCGCGCUCGGGGUGUGCGCGGGGCUCGGGACGCGCGGGACCGUGGACGCGCGCGCGCACGAACACGGCGGAUGCUUCGAAGGGGCGCGAGGCGACGGCGCGGACGGAGCGAUGGGACGGCGAGGGAUGACCACGGAUGAGAUCGCGCGAGAGUUCGGGUCGCACAUCGAUGCGCCGGAGACGAUGCGAGAGGGGUGGUGGGAUCCGAGGCGAGGGUGCGAGACGGUGGAGGAGGCGCAGCGAAGAGGCGCGCGCUUCGCGGAGUGGCUUUGGGAACGGGCGCGAGCGAUGGGUCGAGGCGAGCGCGAUGCGUCGGAUAUUAUCAUCGUCUCGCACGGUAUGUUCAUCGAUAUAUUGCUCAAGACGCUGUUCGCGUCGCCGAGGACGACGGGGAAACAGGGCGCGCUGUUUUGUUCGGAAAACGCGUGCGUGCACUCUUUAUACUUUGACGUCGGCGAGGACGGAGAGUGCGUGGGAUUGUCGGUGUUCAACGAUGUCUCACACAUACCCGAGGAGGAUCGAAGCGGAGGGAGCGUGGACGGAUUGUCCGAGGCUUACACGAAUGAGGGGUCGGCGUAA